AUGCUCAGCACAUAUGAGGAGGCGGAAUGCCCAGGGGACACUGUGGCAUUCCAGGCCGAGAGGUUACAACGCAAGUACCAAGCACAGCUCCCAGGCUCAUCAGAAGGCUUUUAUGACUUUCGCAUCGACUACACACCCCGCCCCCAUGCAUACAGGACCCUCCGUGUUCGCGCCGGUCUGCCACCAAGAACGUUGAGGUUUGGCGUCAAACCUUCUACCGAGUUUGAGCUCGCAUACUGUUGUACCAUCACGUUCACGCCCUCCCGCGCCAUUCUUGAUCUCAGCAGGCCGUCCUCUGGAGCUUCCUGGGAUUCAGAGGGUGAAUACGAGUCAGACCCCCAAGUUGAUCAGCUCAGCAGUUGCUCUAGUGGCCGUGUUCCCUGCGAGAUUGAAACGGAAAACACCGUCAUCGAUUCAGGAUCACCAUCACCAACAAAAAACUUCGAGUCCCUCGAAAUUUCUUCUUCUGUUUCGAUUUCGGACCGCAAUGGAAAGGACAGAGAAACAGGCCGCGACGUGCAUCAUGCCCAAGCCUGGCCUCCUACCAAGAUAGAAGUCGACUUCGAACCCUUCCCUGUAGCCUUCGGCCUGAUGGAUCUGAUUCUCCGGUACUUACUGGAUGUCAUUUCACUGCAUGAGGCGCGGCGUCCAGAAUUAGGCGACAGCGGUUGGGGACGGGAGCGGGAGCCGACGGUUGUGGUUAUGGCCAAGAACGACGAUGCUGAUAAGAAGUUUUAUGCCUCACACGGGUUUGUGGAAAGUGACAGGGCCAUCGAGAGUCAGGUUUUGAGGAUGGUUUUGAAAGAGGGUGUGAUCAGAGCGCUGGUGAACAAGAGGAACGAGGAGCAGAUGGAUGAUGAGGAUGUUUGGACCAGGAGGCGUAGAGAGUACGAGCAGAUAUGGAUACAGGCUGGGGACAGGCGAAGAGACGAGCGCCGGGAGGAGAUCUUGAAGGAGUCUCUGUGUUUCUCGGAAGAUAUUUCGGGAGAUGAAUGCCCGGAGACGAGUGUGGGGGUGUUGUGUUCUGUGCGAGAUACGCCAGGAGAUGGUGCGAAGAGAGCAAAAAGCUUACCCAUACGACUGCAUCCCAUGACUCAUAUCGAUACGAGCGAGGAGCAAGGUGGCAGGAGAAAGAGGGCCAAAACCGUAGCUGUGUCUGCCACGAGCUCAACCGGAUGCCGCAAAGAGAGAGCUUGA